UCCUCUGGUCCCCUCUGGCUCCCGUUUGUGUUCCCUGGCUCCAAUCCACUCCGCUACCUGGGUCGGGAUGUGGGCUCCUGUGGGCCUCAUACCAGAAAAGGCCGGAUAACUUACAGAGUACACCCACAUCUUCAGAUUGGGAACACCAGCCCCUACCUCCUCCGGUGUUCUAGAAUUCAGUGAAACAAUAUAAACAGUGGGCAUUAACUAAACACCGCGUCAGCGCUACUUUUUCACUUAUUCUUUUGCAAAACUUGACUGGGAAGCCACUAAACUCGCCCUCCAACUUCUGCUGGCUGUGUGACCUUUGGCAAGGCACUUGAUCUCGCUGAACCAAGUCAGCCCUUCACUUCUCCCCAGAAGCUGCACCUGGGUUGAUAAAAAUAUCUCCUCCUAGGCCAAGCGCGGUGGCUCACACCUGUAAUCCCAACACUUUAGGAGGCAGAGGCGGGCAGAUCACAAGGUCAGGAGUUCAAGAUCAGCCUGGCCAACAUGGUGAAACUCCAUCUCUACUAAAAAUAUAAAAAUUAGCCAGGCAUAGUUGUGCGCGCCUGUAAUCCCAGCUACUCAAGAGGCUGAGGCAGGAGAAUGGCUUGACCCUAGACGCAGAGGUUGCAGUAAGCCAAGAUGUCGCCACUGCCCUCCAGCCUGGGUGACAGAGCAAGACUCUGUCUUGAAGAAAAAAAUCUCCCUCCACAAAGAUUAGGGCUCCUUUAUAACAGAGCUUGUUUGGACUGGGGCCUGGUGGGGAAAAGCCCGUGAUCCAAACUCCGACCUCAUGGACCCCAACCUUUCCCCCUCCACGUUUUUGAUCUGAAAACACUUGCAGCAGGACUUGACCUGUUUUGCACUUGCAAAUUGUUAUGCUACAAUCAAAGCACCAUUCUGCCUGCCCCGUAUACUCAUUUCCAGGACUUUUCUGGGGUUCUGUGGGGAUCCCUAUGGUGCUGGACCAGAUGCAAACUUGAAAGAGAGUGCUGAUCUGCUCAGUUUUUAGAGCAAUUGUUCUCCACGUGCCAUCCUAGCCCAGCAAGCAUGGGCAUUUGCCUGGGAGUUUGUUGGAUAUGCUGACUCAGAAAAUCAGGGUAUAGGGCCCAGAAAUGCAUGGGAUGGGGCCCAGAAAGUUACGGGAUGAGAUUGAGAAAAUUAGGGUGUGGGGCCUGGCGUUUUAACAAGCUGAUGAACAGCUGAUCCUGAGGCACUGCUCAAGUUUAGGAUACAUUGUGUUGGAGGGUAUGAAACUGACAACACGCCCAGUGCUAAGCGAGAACAAUGUGGUCGUUAUACUCACGCAGCUGCCCCCUCUCUUAGCUCUCUGGAUCCAGAGGGGCUGGACAUUGGACCUACCAGGACACAGCCUGGCACCAAUACAAUUAAGGAGUGCAGACUUGUGGGUACCCAAGGCUGGUGAAGAGGCCAACCAUCAAAACUAUGAGAGAGAAGGCAGAAGGCAACAACACUGAGAUGUGAUAAUGGAUCAUCAUGUUUCCACCAUCAAACCUCGAAGAAUCCAAAACCAAAAUGUCAUUCACCGCUUGGAACGGCGGCGGAUCAGUUCAGGCAAGGCAGGUACCCACUGGCACCAAGUCCGAGUGUUCCAUCAGAAUGUCUUCCCCAACUUCACAGUUGUCAACGUUGAAAAGCCUCCUUGUUUCUUGCGUAAAUUUUCACCUGAUGGACGCUACUUUAUUGCUUUUUCUUCAGACCAGACAUCUCUUGAAAUCUAUGAGUACCAGGGCUGCCAGGCAGCAGAGGACCUACUGCAGGGAUACGAAGGAGAAAUCCUGUCCAAUGGCAAUGACCAGCGUUCAGUCAAUAUCCGGGGCCGGCUCUUUGAACGCUUUUUUGUCCUGCUACACAUUACCAAUGUUGCAGCCAAUGGUGAGCACCUGAACCGGGAGUGUAGUCUCUUCACUGAUGACUGCCGGUGUGUCAUCGUGGGCUCAGCUGCUUACCUCCCGGAUGAGCCUCACCCUCCAUUUUUUGAGGUAUAUCGGAACAGUGAAUCAGUGACCCCCAACCCACGGUCCCCUCUAGAAGACUAUUCCCUGCACAUCAUUGACCUUCACACUGGCCGUUUAUGUGAUACACGCACAUUCAAGUGUGAUAAGGUGGUCUUGUCACACAACCAAGGGCUAUACUUGUACAAAAACAUCCUGGCUAUCUUGUCCGUGCAACAACAGACCAUCCAUGUCUUCCAGGUGACUCCUGAAGGCACUUUCAUUGAUGUGCGGACCAUUGGUCGCUUUUGCUAUGAGGAUGACCUGCUCACUGUGUCAGCUGUUUUCCCUGAGGUACAGCGGGACAGUCAGACAGGCAUGGCCAAUCCCUUUAGGGAUCCUUUCAUCAACUCCCUCAAACACCGGUUGCUGGUGUAUUUGUGGCGCCGGGCAGAACAGGAUGGUAGCGCAAUGGCCAAGAGGCGCUUCUUCCAGUAUUUUGACCAACUGCGCCAGCUGCGCAUGUGGAAAAUGCAGCUUCUGGAUGAAAACCAUCUGUUUAUCAAGUACACUAGUGAGGAUGUAGUAACACUGCGAGUCACAGACCCAUCACAGGCAUCUUUCUUUGUGGUGUACAAUAUGGUGACGACAGAGGUGAUUGCUGUGUUUGAGAAUACAUCAGAUGAGCUUUUGGAGCUCUUUGAGAACUUCUGUGACCUUUUUCGUAAUGCUACACUGCACAGUGAAGUCCAGUUUCCCUGCUCAGCUUCUAGCAACAAUUUUGCAAGGCAGAUCCAGCGUCGGUUCAAAGACACUAUUAUAAAUGCCAAGUAUGGAGGGCACACAGAGGCGGUACGCCGGCUGCUGGGUCAGCUCCCCAUCAGUGCUCAGUCUUACAGUGGUAGCCCCUAUCUGGAUUUGUCCCUCUUCAGUUAUGAUGACAAGUGGGUAUCUGUCAUGGAGCGGCCCAAGACUUGUGGAGAUCACCCAAUCAGGUUCUAUGCCCGGGAUUCCGGCCUGCUCAAAUUUGAGAUCCAGGCAGGGUUACUGGGCCGCCCCAUCAACCACACAGUGCGACGCCUUGUUGCCUUCACCUUUCACCCUUUUGAGCCUUUUGCUAUUUCUGUGCAGAGGACUAAUGCUGAGUAUGUUGUCAACUUCCAUAUGCGACACUGCUGCACGUAGGUGCCUCACCAGAGCCAGGUUUUCUGGUCUUCCAAGACUUUGUCACCCUCUUAUCUCAGUGGACUCCAAAGCAAAAGCUCCUGACUACUAGCUUUGUUAGUUCCAGCCUGGUAUACCUCAGAUGGGAGAGAGCCAGAGAGAGGAGUGAGGGUGGCUCAACCUAAUGAAAUUUUUAAACUGUAUACAAUACUUUUAUUGAUUGAUAUAAUAUCUUCUUGGCUUUUCCCUGUGGGAAUGCCCAGCAUUAAUUGAGUCCAUUUCAUGUUUGCUUAACUUUGCAUUUUAUUGCUGUGAAGAUGAAAGCAUUACGCUUUUACCCCCUUCAUGUCACUUCUUUGGCAUUAUGGUUUGCAUCUGAAAACAGUUACAUCAUGUUUACUCAUGAGAACUAUGUACAUCCUUUCCAUUUAGCCAAUAAGCACGGCUACCUUUAUAAGAGAAAAAUAAAGCCAUGGUAUUUUCAUACUUAAA